CAGACAGCAUUCCAGCCAUUCAGGAGCAGCUGCAGGAAUCGAAAGUUCUCGUAGUGUUCGCAAUAGUUUCUGUCUCGUGCGCACACACUCAUCACAGCAAUGGCUUGGCGCGCCCUUUCGUUCUUCUUGAUUUCGAGCCUGACCGCGGCCAGCGCCUAUAGCACCGAAGACAUCUACAUUUGCGACCUUCAAUUGAAUAACUACAAACGCUUCAUGAUCAACUUACUCCUGAGUCUAGACGACGUUUGUGACCAUCUCAGAUAUUUGGAAUCCGGCAACAAUGUUGAUACACACUCCCCGGACUACCAUCGACACACUUUCAAAAAUAAAAUCCACGACGACAUAUUUUCACAAAUCUUCAGAUUCGCUUACAACGACUUGGACCUGUACAUUAUGCUUCAGAAUGCAGUCAUGGAGAGAUGCCAGUCAGAUGCUUUGGCAUCUUCAAUGCUGAAGGAUCGCGUUGCCCAGAAGAAGAGUGGUACCGACAAGAAUGCAGACAGCAGCAAUGAGAAGCGGAACAGUGUCAUCAUUGGAAAGAAGCAACGCUUCAACCCAUGGGGUGGAAAGAGGUCUUCGACCCCCUCGAAGAUUUCACUAUCGGAUGUGGUUAGUAACGGACAUUUUCCCACCUUAUCGGAUACCUCAUUUGUGUAUUGAUUCGAAUUGGUAAACUGAAAUGAUUAUUGUCAACCAAUAAAGUUGAAAAAAGCGUUGUAUGAGGAAUUAUGUAUCCAAAUAGUGUAAAAAGCUCAACCAGUUGAAUAAAAUUUGCUCUUGCCACAGAUAAUUGAACACAAUUAUUAAUAAAAUA